AUGUCUGAUGUACCCUGGAUUUACUAUAAAGAUAGACCAGAUUGGAGUGACGUUACUCCUGUCCCAGAAGAUGACGGACCUACACCUGUCGUUGUAAUAGCUCACUCUGAAAUGUUUGAGGAUGUUUAUGACUACUUCAGAGCUGUGCUGCAAAAUAAUGAAAAAUCUGAAAGGGCUCUGCAACUUACAAAGGAUGCUGUUGAAUUGAACCCAGCAAAUUAUACUGUAUGGCAAUAUAGGAGAGAUCUUCUUAAAGCUUUAGGAACUGAUUUAAGGCCAGAAUUAGAUUAUGUGGAAGCUGUAAUAAAACAGUCACCAAAAAACUAUCAAGUGUGGCAUCAUAGAAGAGUGUUAGUGGAAUGGCUACAAGAUCCAUCUCUUGAAUUGGAUCUAACUGGAGAUACCUUAAUUCAAGAUCCUAAGAAUUACCAUGCCUGGCAACACCGCCAAUGGGUUAUCAAGACUUUUGGGUUAUUUGAUAAAGAGAUGGAGUUUGUUGAUUCUUUGAUUACUGAAGAUGUUCGCAAUAAUUCUGCUUGGAAUCAGCGAUAUUUCGUCAUGAAUAACCAUCAGGGCUGGUCAGAUCUUAAUGUGCAGAAGGAAAUAUGCUACGCUUUAGAGAAAAUAAAAUUCGUCAAAAAUAAUGAAAGUGCCUGGAAUUAUCUAAGGGGUGUCCUGCUCCAUGAUAAACGUGGGUUGAGUGGAAAUGCGGUAGUAAUAUCAUUUUGUGAAGAACUAUACAAGAACAGAUGCAGGUCGCCAUUCUUACUAGCGUUUUUAAUAGAUAUUUGCGAUGAGGCCAUCAAAAAAGGAGAAGCUACUACCUGUUUGUACAACGCGGAUAGAGCUAUUGAACUGUGUCAAGCGCUAGCCACUAAAUACGAUAAAAUAAGAUCAAAAUAUUGGAACUACUUAAGCGAUAGAUUCAAGAAGAACCAGAGUAUGGAAAAUGAUACUAAUAAUAUUGAUGUA